CAAAAUCAGUCAGCCAUGUCCGACUCAAAAUUGUCACCAGCACUCUCUGUCCGAUCCGCGAAUGAGUCGGCCUCAGUCGAGACCAAGGUCGACGCUGCGGUACUCCAACGUGCGCACCGCAAGCUCGACAAGCGUCUUCUCAUCUGGUACUCGUUUGUGUACCUCAUCAUGCGCAUCCACGUGGGCAACAUCAGCAACACGGCAAUCAUGAACCUUGAGGAGAAGACCGACAUCAAGCGCCAACUGGGUAAUCUUACCCCGCAACAGUGGGCUUGGGCACUCUCCAUCUUCUACUAUCCAUACAUGUUCUUCGAGCCUGUAUCCACGCUUGCGCUCAAGGCCUUCACCCCACGCAAGUGGAUGAGCCGGAUCAUGCUCACAUGGGGUAUUAUUUCCAUGUGUCAGGGUGCCACCCAAAACUACGCAGGCCUCCUGGCCUGCCGCUUCUUCCUAGGCCUCGCCGAGGCCGGCUUCUACCCCGGAGUACUCUACCACCUGUCGUUCUGGUACUCGCCUGACAAGAUGCCAGUUCGCAUCGCCUUCUUCUAUGCGUGCGGCAUGUUCUCAGGAACAAUCAGUGGCCUCCUCGCAUACGCCAUCAGCUUCAUGAACGGUGUUAGCGGUCUCGCAGGCUGGAGGUGGAUGUUCAUCCUUGAGGGUAUUCCCGCCAUUCUCUGCGCAGUCGUGACCUUCUUCUGGCUCCCGAACUACCCCGAAACCGCGACGUUCCUGGACGAAGAAGAAAAGAAUGCCAUCGUCUCCCACCUUUCUGACGAUGCACCAACGAUGGACGCGAAGUUCUCCGUGGCGCAGAUCAAGGGCCUUGUCACCGACCCCUCCUUUGUGCCCUUCCUUCUGAUCUGGAUCACCCAUGGCAUCGGUGGCUGGGGCAUCUCCUUCGUUUUGCCAUCCGUGAUCUACGACCUCGGCAUGACUACCACCGCCAUUGCGCAGGUGAUGACGAUGCCGCCAUACACGCUUGUCUUCGUCAUCUUGCUCUCUCUGUCGCUUUUGGUGCAGAAACGUAUCAUCAACGCAUGGACGGCCGGCAUCGCCCUCGAGUCUGUUCAAAUCAUCUGCUUCAUCCUCCUCGUGACAAUCAAGAAUCCAGUCGGCAAGUACAUCCUCGUUACAGUCGCCACCGCCGCCGGGCAAAGCUUCUUCCCAAUCAUUUGGCCUGAACGUAUUCGUGCGACGAAGGGCACAACCGCUGCUGGACUCGCUAUCGGCACAACUAACGCAGCGUGUCAGCUCAUGGGUAUUGUUGGCCCCCAGAUCUACAACCUAAAGUUUGGGCCGACGUACCGCGUGUCGUACUGCGUUUCGAUUGGUCUUCUUUCCGGGACGAUCGCGUCCCUUCUCCUCACCUGGUACGCUGUAGCACGAUCCGACCGCCGGGCGCGGAAUGCGACGAGCGCGGACGAGGAGAAGGAGGCGAUUGGGUCCGCAGUGGAGAAUGAGAAGGCUUAGUUGGACUUGGAACUUUUUGGGUGUUAUGAUAGAUGCAAUCGUACUUCAGAGUUGGUGAUGUAUCGGGCCGCCAUUGAC